GUACCUAGCUACUUGUAGCGCGGACGGCCCCGCGAGAGCUGUAUUAGGUCGCUUCAUGGGUGUAAAGUCGCCUCGCUCUGGUUUCCGUUCUUUAUUUGAAGGCAGUACAUUCGAAAAUGCUGGCACGGGCACAUAUUUCACGGGGUAUGCGAAACCUGUUGAGCAAACGUUUUUCCCAGGUGAAAAGCUUGAUGCAUGGGACAAAAGAUUAGCUUUGAAUCACAAGACUUCGAUGGAUCUUGCAACAAGAGUAGAGAGAAAAGAACUUGAGCCGAACAAAGCUGGGAGACCCGGUAUAACAUUACUCGCAAAGCUGCCGGCGUUCGACACUCACUAUGGUUUCUUGAUUCCUGCUGCACAUCUUAUUAUUAAUGGCUUGUUAAAGGGUUUCUGGUAUUACGUGCUAAUGGAUUACACGGGAGCAUGCCCACGUAAUGUGCUGCCAAAUCGCGCUCGCAAUGAGUUGACUAAACGAGGGAAGCGUCUGCAGCUCCCACACGACAUGGGCAGACCUUACGUCGAUAUCGUGAAAAAGAAAGGGACGUGGGUGAUGGAGAAUUGGCUACACUGGGCAGAAACGUUUUGCCAGAUUUCACAUCCAUUGCUGGAAGAACACUGCCCCGAUUCACAUCAAGCCUGGUUGCACUUACGCGCUGCCGUGAGGCAUUAUUUAUGUUCUUUUGAUGAAUACGACAAUUUAUCUAAGGAUGAAGUCGAUCAGAAAAGGCUGGAAGCGCGAGAUCAUGUGCGAGAGUACGCGAAAAUCGUUGAGACUAAGUUAACAGUACAACUCUGUACUAUGAAUCUGAGACUUGCUCAACAUCUGCAUGACCAAGAAGAAUACACCGGAUGGAUAAAGGACAGCAUGGAAUUCUGGGUAGAGCGGGAAGUGCAGCGCGAAAAGAAGCACGUGAAGGAUCGAGUGGUCAUAAUGCCGGAAACAUUCUUGGGGAACAUGCACCUGCUAGAAUGUGCUGUGCAAAACAUUGAAAACGAUGUUGGAGACAUGAUGAUGUUGCCACAACAACCUGGAACUAUCAGUGACCAUCAAUUGCGAGACGACUUCACGUCAGUUACACGAUUACUGGACAAAGGGGAGGAGCGAGUGAUUAAAUUUGAUUUCAAGUUCAGGUUGGGCCACCUUCGCGCGUUGGUAUCAAAGACAAGCAAGCACAGCUUAGAUGAGUUCACACUGCUACGAUUCAAAAGUGCAAGCCUUGGGGGAAAAGAGUUCACAUCAAAGGCCUACUCGCGUCAUCAAUCGAGAUGCUCGUAUCACGUGUGCUUCAGAACAACGGACGCGCCUUCAGAAGAUAAGUAUGGAGACGUCGUGCACUAUUACUUGCUGCAUCACCGCGUUAGCAACGAGCGCAUUCGCUUUUGUGAGCUGCAAUGGUUCAAGGGUUCUGGAGUACGUGUACAACAUGUGCAUAAAACUCCGGAAGAAACACUGCUGGUGCUACCGCUCGAGUGCAUCCGUCGAAAAGUCAUAUUUUAUCCAUUAGAGAGCGACCAUAUAGAAAUACUGCCGUGCCCUAGCAAAGGACGGCUCUAGCGAGCGCGCGAGCGACGAGCGCGAACGAUUUAACGAGCGAGCGAGUACGAGUACAUACUACAUACGAAAGUACGUACGAAAGUACGAAAGUACAACGUACGUAGCUACGUACGUACGAAAGUACGAAGGUACGUAUGUAGCUACGUACGUACCUUCGAAGGUACGUACGUAAGUAGCUAAGUACUGUAUUUAUUUAUUACCUUCGUAUUAUUUUAAUAAUAAUAAUUAUAUUU